CCUGCCAGUUCACUUUACGAGCAGCAGCAGCGGCAGCAGCAGCAGGAGAGAGGCGCUUCAGCACCGCGCUGAUGCAGUCUGCAGACCCCAAGCUGAACUGGACAUCACACGCAACAGCCUGUCACAGUGCAACUUCUUUUUAAAGGCUUCAGCUGACCUCUUGUGAACUGAAAGAAUCAGGACCGCACCACCACCACCACCUGGAAAACACUAAAGAAGUAAAUGGAUUGAAGACAGCAGAGGCCUAGCGAGGGAGUCAGAGAGGGAGGGAAGACAGCAGGGAUUACCAGCUAAUCCAGUCCGCGGACAAUCCUGAAGGAGCUUUAUCUUUCCUCCAGGACGAUGCAGACAAAACAGUUGUUGGAUUACAACGCUUUACUUUAUUGGCCUUUUCAAGAGCGUAUGACCCUUGUUUUUCCUCCACGUGGAUAGUGUUUUUUUUGCCUCUCAAGUGUUGAAUCCUCAGUGCAGGAGACUUAGGAACCAGGAAGGAAGGUGGCUGGUCUGGAGGCAGGAUAUUAACUGGACAGUGCGCUGCCACACGCAUGGAUCAGCCGGUUCUGGAGGAGGCAUGACUGUACGCCCUUGUUUUUUCAGCUCGGCCAUCAAGGAAGAGAAGUGCGGGGACACCCAAGAUCCUCUCAGAAGUUGAGAUGUACACUAAAAGGCCUCAAUGACAACUUGAUUGAUUGACAUGCACUCGGAUUUCAGGCAUUCUCAUUCAGUUUAAAGAGAAACCACGCAACUUUUCUGUCAUCAUGAGUUUGGGGAAGCUGCCUGGAAUUAAAGGCCUCGUGUCCGGCAAUCAGGGGAAACGCCGUUUCAAGAGCGAUCUCUCAGUGGACAUGAUUAGCCCGCCCCUGGGCGACUUUCGCCACACCAUGCAUGUUGGCCGUGGAGGGGACGUGUUUGGUGACACUUCCUUCCUCAGCAACUACGGGGGCCUGCGGGAGCCAGGAAGUCCGGACUCGUCAUACAGCUCCAAAUCAACUGGCUUCUUCAAUCGCACCUUCCGUCACGUACGGAGGAACUCUGGGUCUCAGCAUCAAGAGGAAUCCAGAGACUUGUCGUCCCCUCCGCCGGACAUCUCACCCAUCAUCAAGAAUGCCAUCUCCCUGCCGCAGCUGAACAUCGACGCUACUAAUGGGUGCCUCCAUAGGAUGGUGUUCCCCAGCUCCAUUAGCUCCACGGAUGAUUCCUUCUGCACAUAUGGUGUGCAGUCUGGGUUUGUCACUCUGCCCCGGAUAUCACGACUUGAGAGACACUUUCAGGAUGGAGACAUCUGUAAAGCCUCUCCACCAGACAACAUCCCACUGACUCGCUCUGACUCCCUCGCCUCGUUCACCGUGGACCUCGGCCCCUCUCUCAUGACUGAGGUUUUGAGUCUGAUUGACAGUUCCAGUUCAUUUCAGAGAUCCAAUCACAACCAAGCAGCAGGUGAGGAAGAAGGAGGAGUCGAAGAAGACAGAGAAGAGGACAGCUCUCUGACAGACACACCUGUGCAGACCCCCAAAAUGACUUCACCCACCUCUUCCAUGUUCGACUUACCAGUCAGUCACAACAUGAACAGUAGUGGGAGUCCUAACUGGACACAGCAGGAGGAGGACAGGUCUCCCAGGACUCCUGAUGCGUCCACUGUUUCUCCUCAAAGAGCAGAACCUGUAAUGGAGGCAGAACGCUUCCAGAGGGCGACUGACGUGCUGGCUCGUCAUUAUGGUGGCGGCUCCUUCACAAAGGCAACACGGAUGGGCAACGACACCGUCUCUGCUGCCUUCUGCAAAAACCAAAAAACACCAUAUGCCUUUACUGAGGACGAAGAGGAGAUCAAGGUGUAGAUGUUUGGACUCAUUAACUGUCUGAUUACCUGGGUUCAUUUGUAGUCAGGAAAGAGGAUUGUUGUUGCUGGUUGCUGUCCUGUUGUUUCUCCAUGAGAACAUUCAUCUCAUCACAGAGACACAGAUCAUUUCAUCUAGAAGACACGGUUCUGUAAUCUGGAGGAAAGACUUAUUGAUAUUUGAUAUAUGUGUUUUUUAUAUCCACAACUAACAUCAUAUACCUGUGAUAGUCAGCAGAGACUUGUUUACAUCAAUAAAGAUGAAGGUGUUUAUUGUAAUAUAUAACUAGGCUGUAAAUACAUUUUCAUUCUUUUUUACAGCUUUCAAUACUGAUUUUUAUCAGAGGACAGUGUCCUUACCUUCUGUUACUAAUCUUUAAACAUCUGUGUUAUGCUUCAUUUUCUGAAAUUAUUUAAUCCCAUGCUCUCUAUCUGUAUGUUCUUAUUGAUUUCUCCUGAACUGAUUAAAUCGAUACUGUCACUGAGUUCAAAACAACCUUUAUAUACCAACUUUAUCCUAGGUGUUGUUUAACUGUUUCUGUAAUUUAACAUGGUGUUAAUAUUUUAUCUCUUUCUUUGAUUUCAUUCAAAUAUACCCCCAGUUCUAGAUUUAUAGCAGUAAUUAUAAUAAUCUGAUGGAUAGUGAUGCUUGACAGUCAGGAGAUAACUGAAGGAACGUGCAUGUGUAUUCAUGCACAGAUAUGUAUACAAUCACCGGCCACUUUAUUAGCUACACCUGUCCAACUGCUCGUUAACGCAAAUUUCUAAUCAGCCAAUCACAUGUUUGCAACUCAAUACAUUUAGGCAUGUAGACAUUGUCAAAACGAUGUGCUGCAGUUCAAACCAGCAUCAGAAUGGAGAAGAUGUGUGAUUUAAGUGACUUUGAACGUGGCAUGGUUGUUGGUGCCAGACGGGCUGCUCUGAGUAUUUCAGAAACUGCUGAUCUACUGGGAUUUUCACGCAAACCAUCUCUAGGGUUUACAGGGAAUGGUCCAAAAAAGAGAAAAUAUCCAGUGAGCGGCAGUCCUGUCGGGGGAAAUGCCUUGAUGCCAGAGGUCAGAGGAGAACGGCCAGACUGGUUAGAGCUGAUAGAAAGGCAACAGUAACUCAAAUAACCACUCGUUACAUCUGAGGUUUGCAGAAGAGCAUCUCUGAACGCACAACACGUCCAACCUUGAGGCAGAUGGGCUACAGCAGCAGAAAACCACACCAGGUUCCACUCCUGUCAGCCAAGAACAGGAAACUGAGGCUACAAUUCACACAGGCUCACAACAGAAAGACGUUGCCGGGCCUGAUGAGUCUCGAUUUCUGCUGCAACAUUCGGAUGGUAGGGUCAGAAUUAGGCAUCAACAACAUGAAAGCAUGGAUCAUUCCUGCCUCGUAUCAACAGUUCAGGCUGCUGGUGGUGGUGUAAUGGUGUGGGGGAUAUUUUCCUGGCACAAUUUGUUACUACCAACUGAGCAUCGUGUCAACGCCCCAGCCUACCUGAGUAUUGUUGCUGACCAUGUCCUUUCCUUUAUGACCACAGUGUACCAUCUUCUGAUGCUACUUCCAGCAGGAUAACGUGUCAUAAAGGAUCAUCUCAGACUGGUUUCUUGAACAUGAGAAUGAGUUCACUACUAAAACGGCCUCUACAGUCACCAGAUCUCAAUCCAAAAGAGCACCUUUGGGAUGCGGUGGAACCACUAGCGGAGCAGGCGGGGGGGCAGGGGGGCGGCCGCCCCGGGCCCACUGCUCCGGGGGGGCCCACUCCGAAGAG